GUUGUCGUCAUCUCCAUGGCCUUGGUAGCUUCCACAGUACAGCAAAGCCUUGCCGUUGGUGGUGAGGAAAGCAGUGUACUAUCAAAGCCUCUAGAGGCCAACAGGAGAUCCAAACUGCAGGCUCCCACGAUGCUCCUCACGGGUCACGAAGCUGAGGUCUUCUGCUGUGAUUUCAGCCCUGAUGGCGCCAACUUGGCGAGCGGUGGAUUUGACAAGAACAUACUGGUCUGGAAGGUGUACGGUGAUUGUGACAAUUGGUGUAUUCUUAAAGGCCAUGAGAAUGCUGUUUUAGAGGCACACUGGAGCUCAACCGAGCCGAAUAAGAUAGUCUCUUGUAGUGCUGAUAAGUCGGUAGCAUUGUGGGAUGUGGAAGAGGGCAAACGUAUAAAGAAGCUGCGAGGCCACGGGGCGGUGGUGAAUUCAUGUCAAGUGUCGCGAAGAGGAGUGCCUCUUGCGGUGUCUGCUGGUGAUGAUGGUAGUAUCAAGUUAUGGGAUCUCCGCGUCCGUCGGUGCGUACAGACUAGAGACCACCAGUAUCAAGUCCUAUCUGUUACCUUUGAUGACACCGCCACCAGGAUAUUCGCAGGCACUUUGGACAACCAGAUCCUCUCGAUGGAUAUCCGUAACAUGGAGGCGGAGCAGAACGUUAUUGAGCUUGGCCCUGAGCAUGAUGAUUCUAUCACUGGCUUGGCGGUAUCGAACGAUGGCAACUUCCUGCUCAGCAACUCUAUGGAUAAUUCGGUGAAGCUAUGGGAUAUUCGACCUUUUGUUGUUCACGAUAGUCAGAGGUUGAUGCAUCACUUCACUCGAGGCGUUCAGCACAACUCUGAGCGGAACCUGCUUCGUGUCCGUUGGAGCCCUGAUGACCAAUACUUCACUACGGGCAAUGCUAAGCGAGUGGUGAAUGUGUGGGAUGUCAGGUCUCGAGAGAUCCUCUAUACUUUGCCUGGCCACACAGGAUCGGUCAACGAGGUGUGCUUCCAUCCCUCGGAGCGUUACGUAAUUGCCAGUGCCUCCAGCGAUAGGACUAUCUAUUUGGGAGAACUAGCUUGAUUGAUGAGGAACGUCACGGGGAAGUAUGCAGCCGCUCUACUGCCCUGUUUCAUAAG